UUUAGAAGUGUUUCAAAGCAUCAGUGAUUUUCCAGCAAUCAGAACAAUUAGUUAUAACAUUUCUCCUAAAUUCAAGAAAUUCCUGACCUAAAUGCAUAUAGGACAUGGCACCAUUAGUGAUUAGUGUGAAUUCAUAUUUAGUUUCCCGUGCAUUCCUACAACUAUUCCUAUAACUAUUCCUAUAAUUUGCGAUCUUCAUUAAAGUCAUGCAAAGAAAUUAUAUUGUACAUUUCUGUAUUGUUAUAAAAGAAAAUACUAUCGAGUAUGUUAAAACAAGUUCACAUGUUCUUUUGAUUUCUAACUGAUACGUAUUCUGCAAUAUAAAAGCUUAUCAUACACAUCUGCCAGACUGCCAACUGUAAAAUGACCAUUUUAACUGAUUUGUGACACAAUGUUAUGAAUGCAGACGAUUCGCUCACAAUCUUUAAAUCUUCAAUAUAAGAGAAGGUAUUUUGGGUAUUUCAGCUGUCUUAUCAAAAUUUUGUCGGUCUCCACAUCACAUGGUGCUUCCCCCCAAAACGCGCAUAAAUAAGCGGGACUCAAAUUUGAUGUUUUGGCAAGUAUAGACUGUUCCAAUGAGCUUGACUGAAUACUGAUACAGCGGCGGUGUCGCUAAAGACGACGCGGAACGUUUCGUUUUUCGAGUGUUAGAUUAAUUAAUAAGCUAAAUGUUUCAUAUCUCCAACUCUGAGGAUGAUUCUAAAAAAGUAUAGAUAGACUCAGACUUUUGGCGCCUAUUUGACUGUGUAAUUGUAACUGUACCCGGUUCUAGCGCUGUAUAGGCCGAAUAUAUGAAUAACACAGUUGUUCCAAACAAAUUAUCUAAAUACCACAGAAACGCGCAUGUCGAAGUGGAGCGAGAAAUGUGUUGACAUUUUGAUUGAAGCAGAUAUUUUUGCAAUUGAGCUUUUUAGAGAUAAUUUACAACGCUUCUGCAUUUCGCAUCAACCACGGCCAACUACUUAUCAGCUACUGAUUUUAUUGUGUGCCGACAGUGGUGAUUUCCGAAAGAAUGCGUGUCUCUAAUUUUAGACUGUGAUGCCUUACGGCUUUUUGCAGUUUCCUGAAAGUACAUUUUAUCAACAUCACUUAUAUUCAUAUUUGAACUAAUUGAUUUGUUUUGGCCAAAUUACCAGCCAUGUUCAUGUUUUCUAUAUGACAGUUUAACAUUAACAGCCCUAAAAUCAUGUACCGCAAAAGUUGUUCACAACGAACGCGUCGGGUCCUUUGAACUUUCCUUGGCUUUGCUAUACAAGCGGGUGAUACAACUGAUAAACCAGACUGGCAAGGUCCCAACAACUAACUUGAUCGGUUAAGAAUCAUCAGACAGUUUUUUUACUUCUUUCUGCAUUAUGUUGAAAUUAUUUGUUCUUAAUUAUUUGUUGUAAUUUCUUUUUCCCGAAGGUGUAUUUACUUCGUAUAUAAGUUAUAGUCUAGAGGAAUAAUUAGUUAACAGUAUUAAAGUCAGACUAAGACUAAGUACGAGGACGUCGAGGAGACUCGAAGUUUCCAACGUUUGCUCCAUCCGACUGUAGGGGAAUUUACAUCAAAGAAAUUUGGCAAGCGCAUAAAGCUUUAAAUUGCAGUAUAGAUGACUGAUUCAGUGAUUGCUUCUAAUAUAUAACUCCUGAUAAGGUUAUUAGACUUUUCACAUUUUGGUGAAUUUGUAUCAACGUUAUUUGCGAAUACAUUUCUUUAAUUGUACGUUCAUCAAAAAUCUAAAGGAAAGAACCAGUUUAUUGCUCUCCCGCUUUAUAAAUAUAUAAGGUGGACCAUUUAUCGCACAUAUUUGUUGACGGAAGCGGCUAUCGUUUGUCUACUAAUGUGUCGUGUGACCUGCCUUUCAUGUUAAACCGGGAAGUUAGGGGUGGCCUUACUUCAUUAUGAUCACCUUAGACUUGGUAUAAGGAAUUUGGCAAUCGUUCAAAAGAAAUCAAGGAAGACUUAGCUUGUAAAAGCAAGACAUUUACUCACAUUGCCCACUAAACUUGCACAUAUAUAUUUGUAGCACUCUUUCUACCACUAGAUAUAGCUAUCUUGCAUGCAGUGACCUUCACGGCUAUGCCAAAGAAAUGUUUAUCUGAACAAUAUAAAUGUCAAAACAAAUUCCGAAAAAUAAGAUCUUGCAUGAGUAUCUAAAAUAUGGAUUAGAAAAGAAUUAGUUUUUCAGUCUGAUGCUGAAUUUGAAAAAAUAAAGGAAUAUCACAACUCGUGUCUAUAUAUGCUCUUUUAAAACUUUCGGCUGGCACUGGUUCCUAAACAAUACAUAAACUUGCAAUUUUUUUUUAUUUUAGUGUAAACGACAAAUCAUAUCAGUUUUGAUAUUUGAGAACUGCAGUUGCCGAAUUCCUUGAAUCACCAAAUAAGUUCUUGGAAAUUAAGUUGUGCAUUCAGCUGGCGGUAAUAUGCCACUAUCUUAUAAGGUCAUGUCUGGGAAUCUCCUGAGAGUGACUAGCUCUUUCUUUAUAGCUUUGCAUGACAUGAUAAGCUUACAAGUUUAAUCUCCAUCAUCCAGGCUGCCCUUCCUACUUAGAUAGUAUCAGCAAACCCUGUCUUGUCUGAUGGUUAUUUCAAUAAAAACCUUUUUAAAAAUGUCAUAUAUGGUUAGGGCGAGUUGCCUGUGGUAUACUGAUUGAUGAAUUUUUUACUUUGUGUUCAUUUCGUGAUAUAUCGCUUAAUGAACUCAAUGGUAUGUUGUUGAUUUUACCUACUAUUGCUAUACAUGUGUUCAAGACUAACGUUCCAGCAGGUGUUUUAAUAUAUGACAGUACCAAAGUAUAGGUAGUCCUAUGAAUUGUAUGUAAAGAAAGGUUUUGAGAUUGAUAAUUGUACUGUUCGUUGUUCAUAGACCCUCAGAAGUCAGAUCUGUUGGUUAAAAAAUAUGUAUAGGUUAAAAACUUGUGCCUAUUGGCGGUUUCGACCACCAGUCCCAGCGUCUACUCAAAACGCUUGGGCCUAAAGUAUAUAGAAAUAUAGUCUUUAUAGAAACAAAAACUGAUACUUUGAAAAUGUAUGAAUUUAUAAACGAAGUUUCUCCCUACAGCUAGAUUAGUCAACAGAAUUCCGGGGUUGGGUCAGUUCUCAAUUCAAAGGGAACAGGAAAACGUCCGAAGGAAACGAGAUUACAACACAUAUAAAGUGGGUGCAGAAUAUAUGUUACACUUUGUGUUACUAAAUGUUUAUACUGCGCCUUUGACCUAAGAAGGGGUAACGACAGCACCCAUCUUUUGGCACGUCCGUUCAUCUGUGUUUAAUUGUAUGCAACUUCCUGUGAUUGGCUCGGCCAUUUGUCUACAUCAUUUUCAUUAAUAAAUAAAUAGACAGGGGCUCAACCUUUGCUGACUUUGGCCGUGGGAUUAGCCAAGCGCAAACUUAGGCCUACACUUGCCUCAACGCUUUCGGAUUAUUAUUGCUGUCUUGAAAAAAAGGAUAAAUUUCUUACAUUCAAAAAGAAACGCUGAAUCGUUUGAUGCGUCACUAUCAAUUGGAGUAACUGAAAGUCUGUUUCAAAUAAUUCUUGUAUUGAAGCACCUGCAGGAGGCACUGAGUGAAGAAUUGAACUGAUCGAAGCCACCAGCGCAAAGAAGUGAAGGAAGAUAUCUGUGAUUGUUUAAAGGCAUUGCCCAAGUAUAUAAGCUGCACAAAUGAUGCUUUUGUUUUGGCUUGUAGUCACCGUCUUAUUAGCCACGUCUAACGCGGAAAGACCACGGUCCUCUGUCAGAAAUGGAAGAUCGUCAUCAGAUUCAAUCCCAACCUUUUCAUUUGGUUCAGGAUUAGAGAAAUCAACUAUAUCUACAACAACAUCAGGUGCGCCGACUACUGCGACUAGUAUUCUACCUAAUUCCGUAAUUGGCGCAAUAACCAAUGACCCAACCGAUGCACCAACAGACAAUAAAACUCAUGGGCCGACUGGUGAAAUAACUGAUGAUGGACUGACUGAUUCCUCUAAGAGAGUUUUAAGCGAUGAGCUAACUAAUGUGAAAACAAAUAGAACAACGGAUGGACCAACAGUUGGGAGAACUAAUGCACCAACCGAAAGAAGAACAGGUGCAUCGACUGAUAGACGUACCGAUACACCGACUGUGAAGCCAACUGAUACAUCAUCUGAUGGAAGGACUGAUCUAGUGAAUGAAAAGUCUAAUGACGUAACAACUGAUACAAUUACCGAUAGGCUAAUUGUUGCAUCAACUGAUGCUUCAACUGAUGCUUCAACUGAUGGUCCAACAGCUGCUUCAACUGUUGCUUCAACUCAUGCUCCAACUGAUGCUUCGACUGAUGAUUCAACUGUUGCUCCAACUGAUGCUUCAACUGAUUCUUCAGCUGAUGCUCCAACUCAUUCUUCAACUGAUGCCCCAACUGAUGCUUUGACUGUCCUUUCGACUGUUGCUUCGACUGUCGCUUCAACUAACACUUUAACAGAGGCUCCAACUGAUGCCACAACUGAUGCUUCAACUUAUGCUCCAACUGAAGGGUCAGCUGAUUUUCCAACUGAUGCUCCAACUGAUGCUUCAACUGAUGCUUCAACUGAUGCUCCAACUGAAGCUUCAACUGAUAAUCCAACUGAAACUGCAACUGAUGCUUCAACUGAUGCUUCAACUGAUGCUUCAACUGAUGCUCCAACUGAAGCUUCAACUGAUAAUCCAACUGAAGCUGCAACUGAUGCAUCAACUGAUGCUUCAACUGAUGCUUCAACUAAUGCUCCAACAGAGGCUUCAACUAAAGCUUCAACUGAUGCUCCAACUGAUGCUUCAACUGAUGUUCCAACUAAAGCUCCAACUGAUGCUCCAACUGAAGCUCAAACUGAAGCUUCAACUGAUGCUUCAACUGAUGCUCCAACUGAAGCUGCAACUGAUGCUUCAACUGAUGUUCCAACUGAAGCUCCAACUGAUGCUUCAACUGAUGCUUCAACUGAUGCUUCAACUGAUGCUUCAACUGAUGCUUCAACUGAUGCUUCAACUGAUGCUUCAACUGAUGCUCCAACAGAGGCUUCAACUAAAGCUCCAACUGAUGCUUCAACUGAUGCUCCAACUGAUGCUUCAACUGAAGCUCCAACUGAUGCUUCAACUGAUGCUUCAACUGAUGCUUCAACUGAUGCUUCAACUGAUGCUUCAACUGAUGCUCCAACUGAUGAUCCAACAGAGGCUUCAACUGAUGCUCCAACAGAGGCUUCAACUGAUUCUCCAACUGAUGCUUCAACUGAUGUUCCAACAGAUACUUCAACUGAUGCUCGAACUGAAGGGUCAGCUGAUGUUCCAACUGAUGCUUCAACUGAUGCUCCAACUGGUGCUUCAACUGAUGUUUCAACCGAAGCUCCAACUGAUGCUUCAACUGAUGCUUCAACUGAUGCUUCAACAGAUGCUCCAACAGAGGCUUCCACUGAUGCUCCAACUGAUGCUUCAACUGAUGCUCCAACUGAUGCUUCAACUAAUGCUUCCACUGAUGCUCCAACUGAUGCUUCAACAGAGGCUUCAACUGAAGCUCCAACUGGUGCUUCAAGUGACGCUCCAACUGAUGCAUCAACUGAUGCUCCAACUGAUGCUUCAACCGAUGCUCCAACUGAUACUUCAACUGAUGCUUUAACUGAUGCUUCAACAGAGGCUUUAACUGAUGCUCCAACUGAUGCUUCAACUGAUACUUCAACUGAUGCUUCAACUGAUGCUUCAACAGAAGCUUUAACUGAAGCUCCAACUGAUGCUUCAACUGAAGCUCCAACUGAUGCUUCAACUGAAGCUCCAACUGACGCUUCAACUGAUGCUUCAACUGAUGCUUCAACAGAUGCUUCAACUGAUGCUUCAACUGAUGCUCCAACAGAUGUUUCAACUGAAGCUCCAACAGAGGCUUCAACUGAUGCUUCAACUGAUGCUUCAACUGAUGCUUCAACUGAUGCUUCAACUGAUGCUCCAACUGAUUCUUCAACUGAUACUUCAACUAAUGCUGCAACUGAUGGUGCAACUGAUGCUUCAACUGAUGGUGCAACUGAUGCUUCAACUGAUGCUCUAACUGAUGCUUCAACUGAUGCUCUAACAGAGGCUUCAGCUGAAGCUCCAACUUAUGCGUCAACUGACGCUCCAACAGAUGCUUUAACUGUUGCUUCAACUGUUGCAUCAACUGAUGCUUCAACCGAUGCUUCGACUGAUGCUUCAACUGAUGCUUCAACUUAUGCUUCAACUGGUGGUCCAACUGAUGCUUCAACUGAUGGUCCAACUAAUGCUUCAACUGGUGGUCCAACUGAUGCUUCAACUGUUGGUCCAACUGAUGCUUCAACUGAUGGUCCAACUAAUGCUUCAACUGGUGGUCAGACUCAUGCUUCAACUGUUGGUCCAACUGAUGCUUUAACUGGUGGUCCAACUCAUGUUUUAACUGGUGGUAUUACUCAUGCUUCAACGGGUGGUCUAACUCAUGUUUCAACUGGUGGUCCAACUCAUGCUUCAACUGAUGCUUCAACAGAUGCUUCAACUGAUGGUCCAACAGAUGCUUCAACUGUUGCUUCAACUGAUGCUUCAACUGAUGGUGCAACUGAUGCUUCAACUGAUGCUUCAACUUAUGCUCCAACUGAUGCUUCAACUGAAGCUCCAAUCAAUGCUUCAACUGAAGCUCCAACUGAUGCUUCAACUGAUGCUCCAACUCAGGCUUCAACUGAUUCUUCAACUGAUGCUCCAACUGAUGUUGUAACUGAUGCUGCAACUGAUGCUUCAACUGAUGCUUCGACUGACGUUCCAACUGAUGCUCCAACUGAUGCCUCAACUGAUGCUCCAACUGAUGCUGCAACUAAUGCUGCAACUGAUGCUGCAACUGAUGCUUCAACUGAUGCUCCAACUGAUGCUGCAACUGAUGCUGCAACUGAUGCUGCAACUGAUGCUGCAACUGAUGCUUCAACUGAUGCUUCGACUGACGUUCCAACUGAUGCUCCAACUGAUGCCCCAACUGAUGCUCCAACUGAUGCUUCAACUGAUGCUUCAACUGUUGUUGCAACUGAUGCUUCAACUGAUGCCUUAACUGAUGCUCCAACUGAUGCUGCAACUAAUGCUGCAACUGAUGCUGCAACUGAUGCUUCAACUGAUGCUGCAACUGAUGCUUCGACUGACGUUCCAACUGAUGCUCCAACUGAUGCCCCAACUGAUGCUCCAACUGAUGCUUCAACUGAUGCUUCAACUGAUGCUGCAACUGAUGCUUCAACUGAUGCCCCAACUGAUGCUGCAACUGAUGCUGCAACUGAUGCUUCAACUGAUGCUUCGACUGACGUUCCAACUGAUGCUUCAACUGAUGUUCCAACUGAUGCUACAACUGAUACUUUAACUGAUGCUUCAACUGAUGGUCCAACUGUUGCUUCAACUGAUGGUCGAACUGAUGCUUCAACUAAUGGUCCAACUGAUGCUUCAACUGAUGGUCGAACUGAUGCUUCAACUCAUGCUUCAACUGAUGGUCGAACUGAUGUUUCAACUAAAGGUCCAACUGAUGCUUCAACUGAUGCUCCAACUGAUGCUACAACUGAUACUUUAACUGAUGCUUCAACUGAUGGUGCAACUGAUGCUUCAACUAAUGGUCCAACUGAUGCUUCAACUGAUGCUUCAACUGUUGCUUCAACUGAUGCUUCAACUGAUACUUCAACUGAUGCUUCAACUGAUGGUCCAACUGAUGGUCCAACUGAUGCUUCAACUGAUGGUCCAACUGAUGCUUCAACUUAUACUUCAACUGAUGCGUCAACUGACGCUCCGACUGAUGCUUCGAUUGUUGCUUCAACUGAUGCUUCAACUGAUACUCCAACUGAUGUUUCCACGGUUGCUUCAACUGAUGCUUCAACUGUUGCUUCAACUGAUGCGCCAACGGAUGCGCCAACAGAUGCGCCAACUGAUGUCUCAACUGAUGCUUCAAGUGUUGCUUCAACUGUGGCAUCAACUGAUGUUUCAACUGAUGCUCAACCAACAGAAGGGUCAGCUGAUGUUCCAACUGAAGCGUCAACUCAUGCUUCAACUGUUGCUUCCACUGAUGUUUCAACUGAUGCUUCAAUUGAUGCUUCAACUGUUGCUUCAACUGUUGCAUCAACUGAUGUUUCAUCUGAUGCUUCAAGUGAUGCUCCACCAACAGAAGGGUCAGCUGAUGUUCCAACUGAAACGUCAACUCAUGCUUCAACUGUUGCUUCAACUGAUGUUUCAACUGAUGCUUCAACUGUUGCUUUAACUGUUGCUUCAACUGAUGUUUCAACUGAUGCUUCAACUGUUGCUUCAACUGAUGCUUCAACUGAAGCGCCAACUGACGUUGUUACUGAUGCUGCAACGGAUGGGCCAACGAAUGCACCCACAGAGACACCAACUGAUCCACUCACACAUGGGCCAACUGAUGCGCGAACUGAUGAGCGAACUGAUGAGCCAACUGCUUUGCCGUCUUCAACUGACAAUCAGGUGAUUACACCCACUUUGCAACCUACGAAAGAUAUUCUUGGAACAGAAAAUAAAUAUGGAAGAUGUGUAGAGCCAUCGAGAGUUCAGUUUGGUGAUCGCUUCCUUGAAUGGCUGGCAAUCACUCACGCCGAAGAGCAAGCGAAGAAAUCAGAAACUUUCGACGUCAUGUCGUACACAGAACAGGUUCGCGCAAAUGGCUUACAAGAUUCUGAAAUAUCUGAACUUCAGACGUGGAAAUUCGACGAACUUGAUAGAAAUAAUGACGAUGUUCUUGUAAACCGAGAAUUGAAAGUUCUGAACGGUUUAUUUGUCAAAGAGCCGUGUCUUUUUGGAUUGCUAAACGGAUGUGCGCAACGCAAUGGAACUGGAAUCUCCAGGGAAGAAUGGGCGAUAUGUCUGAACGACUCUAGGACUAAUCGGGGAACGCCUAGCGACAAGGAACUUCUUCGUCAAUUUGGAUAUUUAUAGUGACAAACCUUUACCUGGUUAAAUUUGAGAUGUUUGACAAUGUUGUUGUGUCAAGAGUCAAGACGUAUUGUAUACGAUUUAAAUUAACUAUUGGCUUUCCAUUUUAUCUAUACUUUAGGUAUAUUAUGUAUUAGAGUCAUUACCGCUUCCUUAUACUACGCCUAUAAAUAUACGUACUCCUCUUUACGAGUAGGUUUAGAGGGCGACCAGACGUUUGCGUUAUUCAUAUCAGGUCGAAUACGCGCGCUGCCAAUCGUGGGCCCUGGAAAACCGUUGUGUGACUCGGAAAGUCUCAUGAAGACAAUUUAGCUACUCGCGUCCACCUUUUAUACAACAACUUUACAUUUAUUUUCUUAAAAAAAUGUAUUUUAAACGUGGUUGAACGUUGAAUUUACGUGCAUGAAAUUGUGAUAAAUAAAUGUUUAUAUUUUAGUCAAAAUUUUCAA